AUGGCGACCACGGAGGAUGAGCGGCCGGCGGGGAGCGGAGAGGGAGAGCGGUUGGAUUUCCUGCGAGACCGGCACGUGCGGUUCUUCCAGCGCUGCCUCCAGGUUUUGCCUGAGCGCUACUCUUCGCUCGAGACCAGCAGGUUGACUAUUGCAUUUUUCGCACUCUCUGGGCUGGAUAUGUUGGACUCCUUAGAUGUGGUGAACAAGGAUGAUAUAAUAGAGUGGAUUUACUCCCUGCAGGUCCUUCCCACAGAAGACAGAUCAAAUCUAAAUCGCUGUGGUUUCCGAGGCUCUUCUUACCUGGGUAUUCCAUUCAAUCCAUCAAAGAAUCCUGGAACUGCUCAUCCUUACGAUAGUGGCCACAUAGCAAUGACCUACACUGGCCUUUCAUGCCUAGUUAUUCUUGGAGACGACCUAAGCCGGGUAAAUAAAGAAGCUUGCUUAGCAGGCUUGAGAGCCCUUCAGCUAGAAGAUGGAAGUUUUUGUGCAGUACCUGAAGGCAGUGAAAAUGACAUGCGAUUUGUAUACUGUGCUUCCUGUAUCUGCUAUAUGCUCAACAACUGGUCUGGCAUGGAUAUGAAAAAGGCUAUCAGCUAUAUUAGAAGAAGUAUGUCCUAUGACAAUGGGUUGGCACAGGGAGCUGGACUUGAAUCUCAUGGAGGAUCAACUUUUUGUGGCAUUGCAUCACUGUGCCUGAUGGGUAAACUAGAAGAAGUUUUUUCAGAAAAAGAAUUGAACAGGAUAAAAAGGUGGUGUAUAAUGAGACAACAGAAUGGUUAUCAUGGAAGGCCUAAUAAGCCUGUUGACACCUGUUACUCUUUUUGGGUGGGAGCAACUCUAAAGCUUCUGAAAAUUUUCCAGUAUACUAAUUUUGAGAAAAAUAGAAAUUACAUCUUAUCAACUCAAGAUCGCCUCGUUGGUGGAUUUGCCAAGUGGCCAGAUAGUCAUCCAGAUGCUUUGCAUGCAUACUUUGGAAUUUGUGGCCUGUCACUAAUGGAGGAAAGUGGCAUUUGUAAGGUUCAUCCUGCCCUGAAUGUAAGCACACGGACUUCUGAGCGCCUGCGAGAUCUCCAUCAGAGCUGGAAAACCAAGGACUCUAAACAGUGCUCAGAGAACGUACACAUCUCCACAUGA